AUGCCAACCACCAAGGGAACUGGAGGGGCUGACAGCCCACGGGGUCAGCGCUACCGUCCGGCCUCAGAGUUCGAUGAUGCCACACUAGCCCAGAAGAGAGAGUACUGGAAGACCAAGAAACGAGAGCAGAGGGCCAAGCUGUCAGAGGUCAAGAAGGCAAAAGCUACAAACAGAGGGAGUAACUCCUUGGGCAGAAAUGCAGUCCAUAAUACCCUAACCUCAAUGGCAUUGAAUUCCAGUGCCUCUUGUUCAAUGGCAGGGUCUGCCCCCCCUUUGUUGAAUAGCGAUGGUUCCUACCAAACCAAUGUCGGUGGUGCACCUGUAGUCUUAUUAAAGGGAAAGGGUUCUGCUGUCUUUCAUCAUCAGAACCAUAGUGUUGGGGAAGGGGACCAAAACUCUUCCUCAGCAAACCAAAAGGAGAGGUGGUUCCAGAGGAUAAAACUCGACAAAGUCUUGCCUCAGUUCCCAACGUCCAGUUCAGGUCCAGGAAAAGGUGCGAUGGUCUGCAAGAUGGCGGUGAAAAGUUCCCCAAAAGGGGGCACUGUGAUCGGAACGGUUACCCCAGCCAAACACAACGGAGUGCUGCUCAACAGUGGCUCCUCCGUGCCUCUGGUAAAAGUGACGGUGAGACCCUCAGGCUCUGCACCUCGCCAACCACCAAGCGGAAUGACUAUUCUGAAUGGCAGCACUCCUGUAGUGUCGACUCAAAAGCAUCUGGCCACCCAGAGUGUAUCAAGGCCUGAUGCGUUAACUGAGACGCAAAUUACAGUGCGUGUUCAGCCUGGACCGCUAACUGCUAACAUUACCACAGGGUUGACCGUGACCAAUCAGUCUGCCCCUGCCCUCAUUCACAAACCAGAGGGUAGGCCUAUAGGGAUGAAAGUAACAGAACUAGGUGGGAAAAAGAGUGACUUGGUCACAGCCCAAGGAGUUAGAAGUAUCAACGACACAUCAGCUCCACUGGAGACUGAGGAGGAGAAAGCCGCCAUGCGCAGAGAGAAUUGGCGCAUCAAGAAGCGAGAACAGAGAGCGAAGCAGGCGGGUAGGUUAACGAAGGCCAGAGAGAGAAUCACGAACAUGGAGGUAUCGUUGCAGAAAGCUGGACUGUUAACCAACGUGGUCAUUGAACGUCCUCCGUCUGCUUUGAGUGGACAGGGCCAGAGGCAGUGUGUUAAUAGAGUCAGGGUCCCGUUCAUCUCAGCCGGACGCCUGCUAAAGAACGCCAGAGCAGUGGCUAGCGUUGUAGUCAAAAGGGAGUCUGAGGAUUCAGUCCUGGCUAAGCUAACUGCAGUCAACACUAAUCAACAGACCGUUCAGCUAAAAGUAGAGAAUCCGCAGGAAGCUGAAGCAACAAUGCAAACUGGUAUGGCAUCGAAUGUCAUUGGUUAUAAACCAGCAGGGGAACCAAGCAGAAGGCUCCCUGGUCCAGGGCAGUUUGCCAACACUAGCCGAGGUAUGGUCCGUUGUAGGACUCCGAGACAGAGGUUCAUUGAAACCCAACGGAAUUACCUGGGUCAGAGAAACAUGAGGAAGUCCCCCUGUCAUGCUACAGCCUUCAAAACCCGCAACGCACUCCGAGAGGACCCAACGGAGACCCCCGAGCAGAGGGUGGCCCGGAAGCGGGAAUACUGGCGUGUCAAAAAGCGGGAACAGCGAGCUAAGCUGUCGGUGGAAGUCCGAGCUAAGAUGAAGGAGAGGGAUGCUCUGAUGCGAAGAGUCAACCGGUACCAGAGCAUACUGGAGGAUAUGAGGAAGGCGAGAGCGGCGGGCAACAACACACUGCCACAACCAACAGGAAGUAGGCCUACCCACACCAACGCCUCAGAGACCAUUGGAGGGUUCAUCAAGGAGGAUGGUACCUUGACCAAUACCAUUCCCCAAAUUGAUCUCAUUACAGAAGCAAAAGAGACUGGGGGUGAAAUUAGUUUCAGCGGUGGGAUACCUGUUAAUAAUUCAUUUACCAACACUAACACACAUCGCCAACACCAACUGCUUCCCAAACCCACUGGUGAUACAUCUAGUAAUAUGGUACAUCAAAUACGGGUCAACCCACCACCACCUCUAAUCCGUCCUGCUCAGGUCAAUGUCUCCGGUUCUCCCAUCGGCCUGUCAAUCACAAAGCCUCCCAGGUUAGUUUCAGUCAGACCGAGGACUGAAUUUCGAAGCACACCGAAAAACCUCCUGAAUCCACAAACAGUUGUCCAGCCCCAGAGUCAUAUCACCCUCACACGCCCUCAAAACACCUUUCCUGGUUUGCCUACAGCGAUACCAAAGCCGGCUAGCUGCGUCAUGCAGAUGGCUGUCAAAGCUUCUACAGCAUCAGCAGUGCUAAACUUGGACCCAAAGCUAACAGAGGAGGAAAAGAUGGCUAAGAAGAGGGAGUACUGGAGGGUAAAAAAACGAGAGCAGAGGGCAGCCCGUGCCACCCGCCUAAGGCAAGGUGUUCAAGCUAGGGGAAAGACUACCUCACAGAAGAGGCGGAACCAAAAAUUAGCACGAUUAGCCGUCCCCAUUCCCAAUGUCAACACCUCUGUCAACAACACACAGACUAUCAAGCCUCUCUCAAACACCAGUUUGUCCACGCCUCCACAGGGAAACCAAAUCAAACAAGGGAGAGGAUCAACAGACGCUCCAUGUCCUCCACUGGAACAACCCCUCUGUGUUGAUAUCAAACCGUCCCGGUGUUCACCACCACCUCCAGAGCCACCACAGACCGAGCCGCCAGACCCAGCCUUGAGUGCUGACAGCCAGGCCACCACUCUCCUGGUGGUGGCCUCUAUGAAGAAGCUCCUGGAGGAAUCGCUCAGCACUGUGGCUGACUGUAAAAUGGAACAGCCAGACUGUAUUACUGAACAGCCAGACUGUAUUACAGAACAGCUGCCUUGUAAAAGUGACCCUCAGACCUGUUCCUACAAGGAUGCUGCCGUCCGGAUGGAGGUCAAGCCAAAUCUACCUCUGCUCACCGUGGGAGAUGAGAAGGUCUCCCUGUCUGGUGACCUAUCGUUGGAGGUCAAAGGGUGGCAGGUGGAUGCUGACACCCUGCCAUCCUGCCAGGUAACCAUUCGUCCAUUGAGCCCUCAUCCUAAGGACUCUCCCCUGUCAAGUCCUUGCACUGAAACACUGUAUUUCCCAGCUCUCCCUCCCUCCGAUCCCCCCACUCACACACCCACACACUCCUGGACCCACAUGGCGGCUUCCAGGGGACCACACCUCCCUCGCAGAGCCCAGAGGCUGCGUUCCAAAAAAGCAGGACACCACCACUGCUGCUCCCCAGAACCCCCGAAGCUGCUGCUACAACAACAACAAAAUCAACAACUUCAAAAUCAACAACAGCAUCAGCAACAUCAGCACGCCCCAGCGGUGACAGGCCAGAAUGUGACUCUGGAGAAGAAGAGGGAAUACUGGAGGAUGAUGAAGAGGCAGCAGAGAGCUAGGACAGCCAGGCAGGGAGGAGGGGGGCUGAGACGGGGGGACUACGGCAGACGACUGGCCCUCAAAGCAGCAAAGGUGGGUGGAUGUCUUUUGUAAUCUUGAUAUUACAUUUCAUCACUGCAGAUUUUGUCAUUCACAAUGGUAGGCCUAUACUUAUCAUUUCAAUGAAAUUUGAGGUAAAAGUAUGUUUUUUGGUUAUGUCAUUUGGAGUGUGGAACUGAUAUGUAGUUCGCAAAGCGUUUUAGGUACUUACAGAACAUACUGUACAGUUGUGUCCUCUGGUCAGGGCCACUGUCAAGUCCAACUGAAAUACCAUGAACCUAUACUGAACAAAAAUAUAAACGCAACAAUUUUGAAGAUUUUACUGAGUUACAGUUCAUAUAAGGAAAUCAGUCAAUUGAAAUAAAUUCAUUAGGACCUAAUCUAUGGAUUUCACAUGACUGGGUAUACAGAUACAGUUGAAGUCGGAAGUUUACAUACACUUAGGUUGGAGUCAUUAAAACUCAUUUUUCAACCACUCCACAAAUGUCUUGUUAACAAACUAUAGUUUUGGCAAGUCGGUUAGGACAUCUACUUUGUGCAUGACACAAGUAAUUCUUUCAACAAUUGUUUACAGACAGAUUAUUUCACUUAUAAUUCACUGUAUCAUAAUUCCAUUGGGUCAGAAGUUUACAUACACUAAGUUGACUGCCUUUAAACAGCUUGGAAAAUUCUAUAAAAUUAUGUCAUGGCUUUAGAAGAUUCUGAUAGGUUAAUUGACAUCAUUUGAGUCAAUUUUGGAGGUGUACCUGUGGAUGUAUUUCAAGGCCUACCUUCAAAAUCAGUGCCUCUUUGCUUGACAUCAUGGGGAAAAAAAUUAUAGACCUGUCUGGUUCAUCCUUGGGAGCAAUUUCCAAACGCCUGAAGGUACCACGUUCAUCUGUACAAACAAUAGUACGCAAGUAUAAACCUCAUGGGACCACGCAACCGUCAUACCGCUCAGGAAGGAGACGCGUUCUGUCUCCUAGAGAAGAAAAAGCCAGACUACGGUUUGCAACUGCACAUGGGGACAAAGAUCGUACUUUUUGGAGAAAUGUCCUCUGGUCUGAUGAAACACAAAUAGAACUGUUUGCCCAUAAUGACCAUCGUUAUGUUUGGAAGAAAAAGUGUCUUGCAAGCCGAAGAAAACAAUCCAAAUCGUGAAGCACGAGGUUGGCAGCAUCAUGCUGUGGGGGUGCUUUUCUGCAGGAGGGACUGGUGCACUUCACAAAAUAGAUGGCAUCAUGAGGAAGGAAAAUUGUGGAUAUAUUGAAGCAACAUCUCAAGACAUCAGUCAGUAAGUUAAAGCUUGGUCGCAAAUGGGUCUUCCAAAUGGACAAUGACCCCAAGCAUACUUCCAAAGUUGUGGCAAAAUGGCUUAAGGACAACAAAGUCAAGGUAUUGGAGUGGCCAUGAGCCCUGACCUCAAUCCUAUAGAACAUUUGUGGGCAGAACAGAAAAAGCAUGUGCGAGCAAGGAGGCCUACAAACCUGACUCUGUCAGGAGGAAUGGGCCAAAAUUCACCCAACUUAUUGUGGGAAGCUUGUGGAAGGCUACACACAUUUUUUUAAAGGCAAUGCUACCAAAUACUAAUUGAGUGUAUGUAAACUUCUGAACCACUGGGAAUGUGAUGAAAUAAAUAAAAGCUGAAAUAAAUCAUUCUCUCUACUAUUAUUCUGACAUUUCACAUUCUUAAAAUAAAGUGGUGAUCCUAACUGACCUAAGACAGGGAAUUUUUACUAGGAUUAAAUGUCAGGAAUUGUGAGAAACUGAGUUUAAAUGUAUUUGGCUAAGGUCUAUGUAAACUUCCGACUUCAACUGCACCUUUUAAAAAGAGAGGUAGGGGCGUGGAUCAGAAAACCAGUCAGUAUCUGGUGUGACCACCAUUUGCCUCAAGCAGCGCGACAUCGCCUUCGCAUAUAAUUGAUCAGGCUGUUGAUUGUGGAAUGUUGUCCCACUCCUCUUCAAUGGCUGUGUGAAGUUGCUGGAUAUUGGCGGGAAUUGGAUGUCGAUCCAGAGCAUCCCAAACAUGCUCAAUGGGUGACAUGUCUGAGUAUGCAGGCCAUGGAAGAACUGGGACAUUUUCAGCUUCCAGGAAUGUUAUACAGAUCCUUGCGACAUGGGGCCGUGCAUUAUCAUGCUGAAACACGAGGUGAUGGCAGCGGAUGAAUGGCACGACAAUGGGCCUCAAAGAUCUCGUCACGGUAUCUCUAGGCAUUCAAAUUGCCAACAAUAAAAUGCAAUUGUGUUCAUUGUCUGUAGCUUAUGCCUGCCCAUACCAUAACCCCACGCCACCAUGGAAAACUCUGUUCAUAAUGUUGACAUCAGCAAACCGCUCACCCACACGACGCCAUACACGUGGUCUGUGGUUGUGAGGCCAGUUGGACGUACUGACAAAUUCUCUGAAACAUUGGAGGCAGCUUAUGGUAGAGAAAUGAACAUUAAAUUCUCUGGCAACAGCUCUGGUGGACAUUUAUGCAGUCAGCAUGCCAAUUGCGCGCUCCCUCAACUUGAGACAUCUGUGGCGUUGUGUGAUUAAACUGCACAUUUUAGAGGGGUAUUUUAUUGUCCCCAGCACAAGGUGUACCUGUGUAAUGAUGAUGCUGUUUAAUCAGCUUGUUGAUAUGCCACACCUGUCAGGUGGAUGGAUUAUCUUGGCAAAGGAUAAAUGCUCACUAACAAGGAUGUAAACAAAUUUGUGCACAAAAUUUGAGAGAACAUUUCUGGGAUCUUAUAUUUCAGCUCAUGAAAUAUGGGACCGACACUUUACAUGUUGCGUUUUAUGUUUUUGUUCAGUGUAUUUGACAAAUAGAGGAAGAGGGGUAGAUGUAUGUAUUCUGAGAACUGGACAAACAUAUAAACAAGUACAUUUUUGUAAAAAUAAACAAAUAGAUCAAAUAACCCCGGUUAUAAAUGAUACUGUAUAUUGUGACAUAAAACUAUUGUAAACGUAUGCAUCGAUUGUGUUGUUGUCUUUCAGGUUUCGAAUCUCCUUAUUGUGAAGACCCAGAGGCCAGUGCAGAGGAGCGGAAGCUUCGGUCUACACACAGCACCAUUGCUGAAACUGCAGUCCUCCCCCCUUCUCCAGCCUAUAUCUCCCCCUGCUUCUGGACCCCAGGCUAGCCUCGGCACGGUCACCAACAUCCCUACACUUCUGGUUGUAGACCCCACCACCUCCAACAUGGAACAGUCAUAUGAUACAACACAGCUCAACCCUCCUGUCAACUGUACCAGUAUCUCCAAUUCACCCAUUGGUCACACAGAGUCCCCACAGACAUCUCAUAGCUUUAGUACCGUGUCUCUCCCUAUAGGAAGCGGUGUCACUGUCCCCCCGUUGGGUGAGGCGAAGAAAGACGGGCUGCUAUUGGUGGAGAACCAACAGGAAGCGGCCCCAGGAUCCAGCACUGACUCGCCCCGCAUUCUAAAAUGGAGACUGCGAGUGCAGGAAACCUUGGACACCGAUACCUCACCUAUCGCUACUCUGACACCUCCACCCAACCCUUUGACUAGCAUCAAGCUCUUACCAAUUCAGCCUCCCAGUCAAACAUCCUCUUUCACCCCAACACAGACUCCUUUCAAAUGUCAUGGUGCUCAGAUUUCUCAAAGUGGGAAUGUACAUAAUGUACGAUCGCCUACAAUGCAGGGGCUCACCAAAAGCCCCAUCUACAUAAGCCCCAUGGGUCCGCCCAAGCCAGUGCCGGGGGAGUCGGAAGAGGAGACUCUGAGAAAGAAGAGGGAGUACUGGAGGGUGAAGAAGAAGGAGCAGCGAGCCAGGAAAGCAAUGAGAGAUGGGGAGUUGACGGAAAAGAGGCCCUCGGUCAACUGGCAUCCCAACCUCCCCAACGCUCAUCAUCCUCAACACCUACUUGAGGAGAUGGAGACUCAGGUAACGUUUUCAAUGGUGAAUGUUUCAAAGAAAAGGCCAUAUAAUAUUGUAAUAAGUCAGAACUGUACAGUGAGGGAAAAAAAUACUUAUUUCCCUCAUUAAAAUGCAAAUCAAUUUUAUAACAUUUUUGACAUGCAUUUAUCUGGAUUUUUUGUUGUUAUUCUGUCUCUCACUGUUCAAAUAAACCUACCAUUAAAAUUAUAGACUGAUCAUGUCUUUGUCAGUGGGCAAACGUACAAAAUCAGCAGGGGAUCAAAUACUAUUUUCCCUCACUGUAUGUUUAACCAUUGACUGAACCGUAACUUUGCGUAAAUCAUGCAUUGAUACCAAGGGAUGAGGAUUCAGCCUUGGGUAACUUUCAUUCCUCUUGGUCAGUUCAUUUCCAUAACUAUUUUUAUUUUUUUUCUCAACCAAAGGAACAGGAUCCUGACCGGUGGUGCAACACCUCCGAGGACUCUGAACUACUUCUAAGGUGAGAGACCAGUUUUCAGACUUCUCUCUGACGUCUGUUAUCCCAAGGUGUGUGUUAGUAGUAACCAUAACUGUGAUGUCCUUUUUUCCAUAGUACUUCCACAGAGACAGACAUGGGCUACUUUCCUGACUUUGGCCAUUCGGAACCUUUAGAAGGUAAUGCAUUUGAUACUUCUAGAUCUAUUAAGCCUAAAUCUAGCUACAGCUAUAGGCCUUUCUUAGAGUAACCUUGUUGCCUUAGUAGAAAAUGUGGCUAACUAGGCCAAAUAUUUGUACAAAUAUUUUGGACCCUUGGCUAGUAGAAAGUCAUCAUGGACUAGUAGAAAUUGCAGUCCGCUGGGCCGACUGACCAGUGCCCAAAAUCCUAAAGUUCCACGUCUCACAAUACCACUAUCUUUCCUCUAGACGAAUCAGAGCUGCUUUUCCUAGACGACGAUCAUGGCGGAAACUACGACGGCGCCAUCUCGGAUGCUGUAUGGAGGAAUCGCUACCUCAUGGACUACGACCCGCUGAACCAGCUGCUGGUGUGUAUGGUGUGUGGGGAGCUCCAGUACUCCCACAGCCUAGAGGGGGUGAGGGCCCACAUCGACGAGGCCCACCCGGACACCCUGAGCCUGGAGCCCCCGGAGCACCGGCGCAUCCUGGAGGCCUGGGACGAGCAGGUGUCCAGGAGAGAACGCUUCUUCACCAGCCAGCUGCAGCAGCACAGUGGGACGAUGGGAGGUAAUUAGGCUAUAUUAUAUAUUAUAUUAGAGAGCUCAGAGUUCUUCCUGUUCCUGGCAAUGGGGACAUUUGGGAUUAAGGAUUUCUGAUAUAUCCAUGCACAUUUCGUUUCAGGGGAAAGUGCCAACUUUCCAGCAGAAGUAAUGGUUGAUACAGAGGACUCGUCAUACCUGACGAACAGCAAAAGCGCCAAAACUAUUAAAAGACUCUGAGCGCUAAGGUGAGCAUUUGAGCCUUCAUAACUGUACAUUGCACAGACACCAUGUAUGUCUGUAUAUCAUAAUGUUGACCAUAGCUCUCUGUAUACCAAGGGGUGCAUUCUUAUCGGUCUGUAGGAACAUGUUUUUACUACACAUAUGUCGGACAUUGUUUGACAAACUCGUACCUUCUCCUACUAAUUUGUCGUAAUUUGCAGAAGCACAAAUAGCUAAAUUCCAGACAGCAUAAAACAACAAUAGAAGGCCAUUGUGAGAAGAGUAAGAGAAAACACUGCUGUUUUUUCUUUUGUGUAUUGAUUUUUACGGAGAAGUUCACCUCUACAAAGGAUGAACUAAACUUGAACUGUAUACCUGUAUAGGGGACAUGGAACCACAAGAGGCAAGCUUUACCUCAUUAACUGGGAUAAAUACACACACACGAAUGUAUGUAUCUUCUUGCUGUUUUCGAUAGCGCAAUUUUGUAGCGAUCAUCAUUCACUACUGCUACACCAUGUCUCCUGUGCCCUAAACACCAAAACGUAAUAUCAAUGAGGGAUGUCACUGGACUCUAUAAUGCUUUAUAACAUACUAAAGCACAGUCAGGACUCUCCCUCAGUCUACAGCACUGGGUUAACUUAACGUCCCUGUUAUGUGUCCAUGACAAACAGGUCAGUGAUGUUCUUCAAUCUGAAUGAAUGACAUGUCCUUGGUCUUCUCAAUGUAUCAGGAUCAAUAUGAUCCAGGUUUUAAGGGUAAAUAGCAGACCUGUGAAUUUGACUUGGAGACCAUGCGUCUAUUGAAGUGGUCUACAGGUGAUCAAUUGUUCAAUGGUUGAUAUUCGUCUGUACAUACAGUACAUUUUAUAAUUUCACUUAAUGAUAUGUUUAUGUAAUAUUUCUCACAAUUACUAUCAGUUUUGUAUAAAGUUUUGUACUGUAUUAACAAUCAAUUGUUAUUCAGGUCAAAGACCAUCUGGUUUUUUUUUCUUCCCUUUUCAAAAAGGGACAUCCUUGCAUGAGGGUAUUCUAAAUAUGUCAUAAAAAGUACUGGUAUAUAAUUAUUUUUCUUGCAGCAUACUGUAUCUACAAGACUGACUCUUCAAAAUACUUAUUUGACACACAAAACAACAACAUUGUUUUAAUAAAUCAUUGUUCUGGAAUAUAAAAUGUUCUUCCUUUUUAAUAAAUGUAAACAUUGUUUUUGUAAUGGUGAUUUGAGAAAUGUAUUUCUGCACUGUAAAUACAACACAGAAUAGUUCUGUUUAGAGGGGUGGUGAAAUGGCAAUACCCUUUCAUGUAUUAUUUCAAUGCCUAUCACUUAAUGGUUGCUCACAUUGUUUCGGAUUCAUAUUUCCUUGUCUAUUCAUACUGUAUACAUCAACUAUAUUUUUUAAUGCCUUUAUUUAGUCUGAACAAUCAGUCAGCGGCAACAAAUAUACAUAAUUAUUUAAUUUUUAUUUAAUUGUAUCCCUGAUUUUAACAAUCAAUUAUCAGCAUAUGUGUUUUAUUUUUUAUUUUUUAAACAAACAAAAAAAGAUUGAAGAUCCAUUGGCCCUGUUGCUGGGAUGUUUGUAUACUUCCUAUAUGUAACAGAAAAUGUGUGGAAAAGAUGUCCAUUUCCAUUGUUUUUGGUUCACCAAUAUGCUG